AAACCGGCUUCUCCCUUACCGCCCGUGAUGCAAAGCAGUGAAGGUGAAGAGCGCUAGCAGACCAAGUGAGGUUAUCGCGAAAGUUCACUUGCGAAUUACGAUCUAUUAGAUUAGACGUCCUUAUUUUGAAUAAGAUCCGAACGUUUUACACCCAGGAAAGGUAUCUUCCAAAUAGUAGGUGGAAUGGGAGUUGGAACCACUACCGGACUGGACUGGAGACCUUUUGUCUAUUCGGGUCUGGCUGCUUGCACAGCCGAACUAGGUACAUUUCCCAUUGAUACUACCAAAACUAGACUGCAAAUCCAGGGACAGCGCAACAGUUUACAUGCGGAGUUACGGUACCGAGGCAUGACACAUGCUCUUAUAGAAAUCUCCAAGCAUGAUGGGUAUAAAGCCUUGUAUACAGGUAUUUCACCAGCUCUAUUGAGGCAAUCGGUUUAUGGGACAAUCAAAUUUGGAACUUAUUACACUCUCAAAAAAAUUGUUGCUCAAAAUCGAGAUGAUCCAAAAGAGGAUAUUUUGACUAAUGUUCUUUGUGCAGUCACAGCUGCCAUGUUGUCCAGUGCAAUUGCAAACCCUACUGAUGUCUUGAAAGUUCGUAUGCAAGUUCAAGGGCAUCACCAUAGUCUCAUAAGUUGUUUUCGAGAUGUGUACUAUCAUGAAGGAUUGGGAGGACUUUGGAGGGGUGUGGGUCCUACUGCUCAAAGAGCAGCUAUUAUUGCUGCAGUUAAACUUCCUGUAUAUGACUUCACUAAAGACCGUCUCACUCCAAAAGUAGGAGACACAAUAUCCAUCAUUAUAUCCAGUUUUCUUGCAAGUCUAGGAAGUGCAAUCGCAUCAACACCUACAGAUGUUAUAAGAACACGAUUAAUGAAUCAAAGAAAAUUUAAAACUGGAGGAAUAACUUCGCCAGAACCUCAUACUGCACUUCUCUACACAGGAAGCGUAGACUGUUGUAUUCAGACUGUUCGCAACGAAGGUGUUGGAGCUCUGUACAAGGGAUUUAUUCCAACUUGGGUUCGGAUGGGUCCUUGGAAUAUAAUUUUCUUCAUCACAUAUGAACAGCUAAAAAAGAUUAAUUAGAAUCAAAUAUAAUGUGUCAUAUGUCCUGUACAGUAGAGGGUAGCGUAAAAAAAGGAUUUGAGAUAUUGAAAUGGCGGGUAUGCGGAAAAGUUGUCUUUUUAGAUGUAGAAUCCAGUGCAAUUUUUUAUUUUGAGAUCGGACAAUAUUUUCCGAUCGCGCAACGAGUUCAAAGUUAUGCAUUAGCUCUUAUGGGAAAAAUCGUCCAAAACCAUGAAAAAAUGAAAAUCGAAAAUUUGGGCUUUUUAUGUGAUGUUUUUUGAAAAUCUGUUUUCAGAAAUGCAAUCUACGCCAUAAAAGGCAUACACUGAUGUGUCACACUUGAUAUUAUAGUGAGCGGUUCAGUGCCGGCCAGGUAUCAAUUUAAGCCCAAAUUGCAUCAAAUUGCACAAAAGUCAUCAAAUUAUGCAGCCUACACCGCCUACACCAUGGGUUGUAAUAGCAAGUGUGAUACAUCACCGGAUGCCUCUUUUGGCGUAGAUUGCACUUCUGAAAACAGAUUUUCAAAAAACAUCACGUACAAAGCCUAAAUUUUUGAUUUUCAUUUUUUCAUGGUUUUUGACGAUUUUCCCCAUAAGAGCUAAUGCAUAACUUUGAACUCGUUGCGCAAUCGAAAAAUAUUGUCCGAUCUCAAAAUAAAAAAUUGCACUGGAUUCUACAUUUAAAAAGACAACUUUUCCGCAUACCUGCCAUUUCAAUAUCUCAAAUCCUUUUUUUACGCUACCCUCUACUGUACAGCACCUCACAAUUUAUAAUGGACCUUUCAUAACAUUUUUAAAGCAAAUGUUAAAUUUGAGAGCUGUCUACGUUGGUGCCUGUUUUAUAAUUUCCACUUAUUAAGAUAUGUAUAUCCAAUACAUAGAAAUUAGAUACUAGCAGGAAUAUUUUUACAUUUCUACCAUUUUAAGUAAGAAUAUUCCUUCUGUUCAGAAAAGUUGUACUUAUUGUGUUCCAUUUGCAUUUUGUUGGUUUUUGGUUUGCACUGUUUAUACAUGUAAUUCAUUUUGUUACAUGGUAUCCAAUUUGGACAAGUAGAAGAUUAUUAAUUUUGUUUUGUUGUUUAAAGUUGAGCCAAACCAAACUUUUCUUCUAUUCUUUUAUUUUCUAUAAGCUUUAGAAAGCUUACUUGUAGAGUUCCUGCUGUCAAAGCAAUAUGAAUAACAUUUCCCCUAUUCUAGGGUUUGAUUUCAAAUAAAGUUAGGGUUAAAUAUUUUGGUGUUCUGGAAGACCAAGCUGAUUGCCAUGUAAUCUCACUAUUUAUGGAUAUUACUUAAAAUUCUUCAUUUUUUUUACUGGAGUUUUGCUGCUACUGAUUUGUCUUUGAUGAACUAGUCCUUUCCCUCAGUAGUACAAAGUCUGUAAUUUUUGUGUUUCUUGUAAUCUUGUAGAUUCUUAGUAUCAUUAUUAUGGUGGGAAACAUCUGGAGGAUCCCCUGUCUAGAGGGUCCCCCCCGAAUAUUUUGUUGUUUUAUAUUAUCUUAAUUAUAAAAUUAGUUUUUAGGUUGACCAGGGGAGGCCUGAGCCAGCAGGGUUACCACUUGGCAUUGGCAUUAUUGACCGCACUCCCCCUUCGGUUCAAUCAAUCAAUCAAUCAAUGUUUCAAUACUAAUUAAAUAUUAAAAUAUUGUUUAGAGGUAUUUUUAAGGCUUGAGGUGUCUAAAAAAAUGUCCAUACUGCUUCUAAAAGUUCUGUUUCUUGCAGUCUUGCUCACUACAUGAGUGUUAGUUGCGAUCUGUAUAGUAGACAUCUGGCAAGGAGAAUGUGUGGCUAUGUUCUCUAAUCAGUAGCGCCUUUUCUGAAGUGUUGAAAUGUCGUACACUUACAAGUACUUAACACACCUAAAAGUGAAACAAAAUGUUACUGUGUUCUUUUGGGUACAUCAAGUGCAAGGCAAUAUUUGUUCAUACAAAACCACACAGUGCAACUCAGGUUUGAACAGAUAUCUUAUCAGACAUGAAGUAUGGAACCAUGUACCUCUGACCUUCGACCUACCUUCUUAAAUUCUAAUUAUGGUGUAUUAAAAUUAUUUCACCUGGCAAUUGACACUUGGACACUGCACUUGAUGUAUCCAAAGGGAAUAACAUAACACUUUGGUUCGACAUUAUGAUGUGUUAAGCACUUGGAAGUGUGCUAAAUUUCCACUCAUCAGAAAAAGUUUUACUGAAUAGAGAACACUACACUCAAUUCUCAUAGGCGGGUGUCGGCUAGACAGAUUGCAACUAGCAAGAAACACUCAUGUUGGAGCAAGAGUAUAUGACAGCACAUUAAGAAGCAAUAUGACAAAUUUCUAGUCCACUCAAUCCUUAAAAAUUAGUUCUAAACAAUGUUUUAAUAUUUUAUUAACAUUUAAAUGUUUUAAACUUUUUUGUUCAUGAAAUCUAUAAAAAUUAAUAAAAAAAUUCAUGGCGGACCCUCCAGUCAGAGGACCGUCUAGGAUCUACCCAUUAUGGUCUGCAUUUAUCUCCAAAUAUUAACACAGGUUUAUGUGUAAUUCAGUACAAAGAAAUGUUGUUGUGAAGCAUUCAGGAUUGUUUUAAACUUUUUCAUUUUGUUAUAUCUUGUGUAAUUUUGUAAAUUUGACUGACAUAGUGUGAAUUUUUAAUUCUUGUCUUUUUUCCAAUUUGCAACUGGUGAUCAUGACUUCAAUUAGAUUUGUACCUUAGCCAAGAGGAGAAGUUAUGGUGCUGUUUGCGGGUCAAAUAGAGGCUUAAAAUCAACUUUUUAAGGAACAUCUAGAGUUGUGAUUGACAUUUGAGGUUGUGAUAGAGAAAAGUUUGUCUAUGGUGACUCCUCACUUAUUCCUCACAUUUCCUAUUUAAUUGUGUUCAACAAUAACUUUUUGUAAAUAUGAGCUUAUUUUAAAUUUCACAAGGGUAUUUUAUAAGUUGUUUCUGUUGUAAAUGUCUGACCUGAAACGAAUACAUGCACAAAUUAAUCUAAAUUAAUAUUUGGCUAAUACUUUCGUAGUAUACUUUCACAUGCAGAUCAAUACUGUUUGCUUGUUAUUCCUGAAGUGUGUGAGUCCUUGUCCUGUGCAGUAUUAUUGUGGUGUGUUUUUAAUUUAUGAUGAGGUGGGCACUCCAAAUUGGAGCUUUAGUUUACAUAAAUUGGUUAUUAUGAACCCCCACGUGUGAUUUUCAUGGCAUUGAGUCAAAUGUACACACGUUGCUUCACACCAGUGCAUUCUUAAUAAUAGGUAAUUUUUAAAAUGGUUUUUGAGAUUAGAUGUUUCUUACAUGUUCAAUAUUAGAUGUGAGUUGCCAGAAACUAUUCUGAAGAAAAUUGUGCCAAAUUGUGCUCUUUAUGUCCAUCAAAACUGAGACACUAAAUUUCUUUCCACCUGUGUUGGAUGGCUUAGUCAAAGUCUAAAAGCUUACAUAUCAAGCUUUAACUCUGUUGUACAUUACAUGUUCAUUUUAAAUUUCUGAAACACAUUAGAAGCUUAGCCAAUAAAAGAUGGCAGUUGGAAAGAUCCUUAAGGUGGAAACAUUUAUGAUUGAUUUGCAAGGAUCUUAUGUUUGUGAUAACAUCCAUACAUUGCAGAAGUGCAAGUCAAAAUUUGUGACAUGAUCUAAUGGAGGGGAUGUGAUCCUUACUUGACCUGCAUAUCUGAAGGUGUGAGACAUGCCAAAGAUUAUUCUCAUAUUUGUAUUGUCAAUAGUUAAGUAUAAAGAAUUAUGAAAAUACAGGGUGUUAAAAUAUCUUUAAAUUUACAGGGUAUUGCAAAAUGAAGUGGUAGUGUAUUUCUGUAAGACUUCUCCCUUCUCAAUUUUCUUGUUAAGGACUAGGUGCUGCAGGCUAGGGAGAUCUAAAAGCUGGUCAAAGCAUAAUGUCCAAAACAUCUUCUUAACCAGUUUGUUUCUGAAUUCACAGAAUUGUGUUGGUGGAUCUAUUAAAUUAUCUCCAUUUCCUAAAAAUGUUACUAAUGGUUGCAGUUUGCUUUGAUACUCAGCUGUGAUGUGUAGAAUAUUUAUAGUUAAAACUCAGAUUAGUCUGUGUAGAUAAUAUUAUUUCUGUUGAACUGGUUGUAGUUUUUAAUUUGUUUGUUACCAGUAAUGGAUGAUUCAGAAAGACAAAGUGUGCCUGAAGAAUGAAACAAAACUUGCUUGGAUGUGUGAUGAUGGAAAAUUUCCGCUAUAUUUUAGCAUUAAGCAGGGUACAGACUUAAUUAUGGUUCCAGCAAACAACAUUUAAACUGUACAGCAAUCAUUAAAUUUAUAGGAAGCUGACAAAAUUAAAUAAAGAUUUCUAAAGUA